UGUAUCAAAAUGGUGGCAUGAAAACUUUGUGUCGGUGUUUUGUGGCACUCGAGAUACUUGUUUAAUUUAAAUAGAAAAUGUUAUUCCGAUUUUGCAAGCUAUGCUGCAAGAACACAAACUCAUCAUUCGUCAGAUUUCCCAGGCAUUAUGCAAAAGCAGCUGUAAAUGCUCGUAACACACGUGCUCGUAAAAAGAAAGUACAAUUGCACGAUGACGAGUUGUUAGAGUCCUUUAAAGGGAAGAUGAAAAUAAUAGACUGCAGACGAAAGGUUUAUGAUUUUUAUGAGGGUCAAACUUACUCCAGAAAACAGAUUAUACCAUUAGCUAGCCAUGGAUGGAAUCACAGGAAAUCUAAAGGCGAUUACUUCACCAUAUACCCCUAUUUUGAUGGUGAUAAAGACAAUGCGAAUGAAGAGCCUAUAGCUAAGACAUUUGAUGAUUUUAAUUUAGCCCCUGCUUUGUAUAAUCAAUUGGAGAGAUUCGACAUUAAAGCACCCUUGGAAGUUCAACAACUGGGAAUACCAAAAGUACUCUCUGGUAACCAUACACUGUUAACAGCAGAAACAGGCAGUGGCAAAACGUUGGCAUACUUAUGGCCACUGAUGACUCAGAUAUUGCGAUGGAAAGAAGUUAGAAAGAAUUCUAUGAACAACCCAUUUGUUUUAAUUUUGACUCCUACUAGAGAGCUGGCAGUUCAAAUUGGAAUUGAAGCAAUCAAAUGGUGCAAACCACUGGGUAUUACUAUAAAAAUGAUUACUGGUGGAAGGACAAAACUAAAAAUACUGAAUCCUCCAGUUAAUAAUAUUGACAUCCUAGUUGGUAGUUUCGGCGCGAUCAGUAAAUUGUUCACGGUUGGUGUCUACAGGAAGGAUCUAAUACGGUGUGUAGUUCUAGAUGAAGUGGAUGCCUUAUUCCACGAAACCUUUGAAGAGAAACUGAAAGUACUUCUUCGAAGAUUACCUAUAGGAUACCAUCAAGAAUCAAUCGACGGGUUCCCGAACACUGUGCAACUCGUUUUAGCUUCUGCCACGGUUCCUUCACGCAUGGAAAAUGUUUUAGGCGAUAUUAUAAAUAUAAAUUCUUUGGACCAUGUGACCACGGGAAAGCUACACAAAAUAUUGGUCCCGCAACGAUUUUUUAGAACAAUUCCAAGUCAAAAAUCGGUCGAGCUCUUGAAGUAUAUAAAGCCAAAGGUCGCGAAGAAGAAGUCCGUCAUUGUGUUCAGCAAUUCUACCAAUACUUCUUACUGGCUCAAACUGUUCCUGGAAGAAUGCGGCGUACCCACUACCAAUCUGCAUGGCGACAUGAGCAUGAGACAGCGGAUAGGGAAAUACGGAGAAUUCUUAAACGGUCGUACAUAUGUUUUAUCUACAACGAACGCGGGCUCUAGGGGUCUGAACACCGUGAUGGUCAACCACAUUCUGAAUUUUGAUUUCCCGUGGGAUACGGCUUCGUACAUCCACAGGUGUGGCAGAACCGGCAGAGUAGGCACCUAUGGCGAUUGUAAAGUAACGAAUUUCAUAAGUCGACCAAAAGAAAUAAUACUAACUCAAAAAAUCGAAUGGGCCGCUAGGAAGAUGAAGCCAAUACCCAUUAUUGACCUUGACGCGUCAAAAAAAGCACAAAUGCAAGAUAUGAAGGAGUUCGAGGAGGAAAUAGAAGAUAUCCCUCCUGACCCAGAAAUCGAAAAUUUGGACCAUGUGAAAGAUAUUCCAUUUUGAAGCGUGUACGGCUCUUUCGCUACAAAUAAAUUAAGCAAUCCUGAAGAUUAA